AUAGAUAAUCUAAUUAGUAGUGAGGAGAUCGAAGAAAUUAUUAAACCAUAUGCUCGUGAUCCUCUACCUCAUGAACCAUCGGACGAUAUUCCAAACGAUGUUUCUGACAUUUCAACUCAUCUAAAGUUUGUAAACCGUGAAAAAGAGAUCAUUAAGCUUAUGAAGAAUAUGGAUAAUUUGUAUCGCCUUGUCAUAAAUCCAAAAGCCUUUAGCCAGCCAAAGAAAGAGAUAAGAUUUCCCACGGCUGUUGGUACGGCUGGAAAAGGAAAAACAACAUUUGCUAGGGUAGCGUUUGAAAACCAAAAGGUUUAUUCUACAGAGAUAAAUUCCGAAGUUGUAAAGGCAGUGAAAGAAGCCCGUCAUGCAGGUCAGAUUUUUCAAAUCAUGUGCGAUGAUUUGACGGAUGAAGAUUUUGAAUAUCCUGAAACAUCUUUCGCAAUAAGAUUACUACAUGAGGCUUUGAAAGUUCUGAAGAAUAUCGAUAUCACCCUUACAAAAUUUAGACAAAUACUUGGAAUUAAGACGAUUGAACUCGAUCGAGUUAUUGAUAUAAUCUUAGGUUAUUUCCCAAAUAAUGAAAAAGGCAAUAAACGCCUUUUUAUAAUUAACAUUGAUGAGACAAAUAUACUAUUUAACGAAGGACGUCCCGAAUGGCUCAAGACAGUUCUCAAGGCUCUUGCAAGGGUUAUAUCAAAUGGUUACUUUCUUUUCGUGAUAUUGACUGGAACACACGCAAACGCCUUGUUUAAUUUAAUAGAGUCAACAAAUGCGAAAAUUGAGGACAUAAAUUUACCAUUGUUGAAAGUCGAACAUGCUAAAGAAGUUAUAUUAGAACUUGCUAACCGAGGAGUGACUGAUGAAACAAAAAGGUGAAUAGUAUAUUAGCUGUGGAUUGCGUAUUUCAUAACAUUACUUAUUAUAUUAUUGCAUUGUUAUCGGCAGGAUCAAUAAGAUCUCCAUCCAUUUGGAGUAUAUAAUUGAGCUUCUUGGUGUUGUCGGUCGUUUUCUAGAAGUUAUGAUAUUUCAGAUGGGCAUCAUCGGUAAAGCUGUUGAGCAUAAAGAACUUACAUAUGGUGAGAAAUUUUAUCAAAGUGGGUUACGAUACUUCCUUCAAAAAUGUCAAUAUAAACCAGAGUACUGCCAAAAGCUUCUUGAGGCACUAAAAAAAAA